CGACAUUAAAACUUGAAGUACUUAACAACAGAAUCAUAUGUUGGGUUCUUUUUUAAAAUGAUGAAAUAUAAACAAAAUUUAAAAACGAUUAUCAACAUACAACAGCGAAGUAUACAACAAGUAAGGAAAAGUAUAUGGGGAAUGAAACAAAAAUAUUUGAAAUUAUUCCUAAUUUCGGGUCUUUUUAAUAUUUCCAUUUCUAUUCAGCUUCGUUUAAAUUCCUCAACUGCUGCCACCGCCUCAACCCCAGAAUGGCAGGAGGCACGACCUUUCGAAGAGAUACCUUCCAUGAACUCAUUUUCGAUGGCGAGAAAUUUGUUACCCGGUGGUAAGUAUUACAAAUUUGAUCUUACAAAACUAUUGCUGGCCAUUCGGAACGACUUGGGACCCAUUGUUCGCUCUAAGGCCUUUAUGGGUCGACCACCUCAAGUUAUAACCCAUAAUCCCCAGGAUUUUGAGACGGUUUUUCGAAACGAGGGCAUAUGGCCUAUAAGACCUGGAGGUCUAGCUUCAGAAUAUCAUCGCAAUACGCAUAGAGCUGAUUUUUUUCAAGGUGUUGAAGGUCUUGUGUCAGUUCAUGGUGAGAAAUGGGGUACAUUCCGAACGGCUGUAAAUCCCGUAUUAAUGCAGCCCAAAAAUGUUCGCGUAUAUGUGAGAAAAAUGGCUCAAGUGAAUAAUGAAUUUUUACAAAGAAUCCGUGAAAUACGUGAUCCUAAAACUUUUGAGGUGCCAGCUUCAUUUCAAGAGGAAAUGAAUCGCUGGACUUUGGAAUCUGUUUCUGUGGUGGCUCUCGAUAAGCAACUGGGUCUGAUCACCACAAAUCGUGAAAAUCCCGAUAUCAAAGAAUUGUUUCAGCUAAUCAAUGAUUUCUUUACCCUGGGCCUAGAUAUCGAAAUUAAACCAGCAUUUUGGAAAUACUACAAGACGCCAACGUUUAAGAAAUUCAUGAAAACAUUGGAUGGCCUGCUGAAUUUUGGCAUUAAAUAUGUGGGUGAAGCCAUACAACGCUUGGAAGAUGAACGGAAAAGAGGAGUGCCCGAAAAGCCAGACAAUGAAAAGAGUGUGUUGGAGAAAUUGAUUAAGAUUGAUAAGAAAAUUGCAACGGUUAUGGCCAUCGAUAUGUUAUUGGCUGGAGUGGAUACGACCUCCUCAACCCUAACCGGUCUUCUCUUGUGUUUGGCCAAAAAUCCCGAAAAACCAGCAAAACUGCGCCAAGAAAUAAUGCAAAUAUUACCAGAGAAACAUUCCGAAUUCACUGAAUCUUCUUUAAAUCAACUGCCCUACCUAAGAGCCUGCAUUAAGGAGGCUUUACGCGUGUAUCCCAUAACUUUAGGCAAUACCCGUGUAUUGGCUAACGAUGUUGUACUCAGUGGUUAUCGAGUGCCUAAGGGUACCCAAGUCUCCAUGGUUACCACUCAUAUACAACAGGACGAUAGUCACUUCCCUAAAGCUAAGGAAUAUUUGCCUGAACGUUGGCUAAGAUCGGCUAAGGCUGAAGAGGAAACAUCCAAUGAGGCUGCUUGCCCACAUGCUUUAAAAGCCAGCAGUCCCUUUGUUUAUCUACCCUUUGGAUUUGGUCCUAGAAGUUGUGUUGGUCGCCGCAUUGUUGAAAUGGAAUUGGAGUUGGGAGUUGCACGCUUGGUGCGCAACUUCCACAUAGAGUUCAACUAUCCCACGGAAAAUGCCUUCAAGUUUCAACUGAUCUUUGCGCCUAAUAUUCCGCUAAAGUUUAAGUUUACAGAUGUAGAAAAAUAAAAGUAGCUAAGAAGGGAGAUAACUAAAAUCUAUGUAUGCCAC